AUGGCGUCGCAGGCCGCGCGGCACGCGGCGAUGCGCGACAUGUUCCUCCACGUCGAGCGGCGCUGGGGCGGCCUCGACCGGCUGGUGAAGCCGCUGCCGGUGGAGCGCGGGCCGCUCACGUCCGCCGCCCUGGAGCGCCUCUUCCGCCACGAGUCGCUGGCGCUCGUCGUGCCCGGCUUCGUGGCAGACCCGGCGCCGCUGGCCGACGCGCUCGUCGCCGCGGCCGCGACGGCGCGGAACUGGUCCGUCUCGAGCGCGCGCGGCCUCGAGUCGUCGGACGUGACGGCCGUCGGCGGCACGCCCUACAACAUGGCCGUCGCCGCGGGCGACACGGAGCGCUACUUUUCCGAGGACGUCGCCGCCGCGAAGCGGUUCCUCCGGACCGCGGCCGGCGGCGGCGCGAGCGCCGUGGACGCGCUGCGGUGCGAGCUCGACGACGCGUGGGCGUCCGGCUGCACCGCGCGCCGCGACGCGGACGGCCGGCCCCACCACUGCGGCCUCGGCCGCAUCAUGGCCGGGCCGACGCGCUGGGCCGACGGCUUCGUCCACGUCGACGCGCUCGCGCCGCUCUCCGCGGGGGGCGGCCAGUUCUCCGCGAACAUCUACCUUCGCCAGCCCGCCGGCGGCGGCGACCUCGAGGUCUGGCCCCUGGCCUUUUCGAGCCGCUGGGAGUUUUACGCGAACGCGCACACGCUGUCGAAGCUCACGUCCAUCGACGAGGCGGACCAGCGCGAGCUGCGGGCGAGGCUCCCGGCGCCCGUCGUCGUGCCCGUCGCCGCGGGCGAUCUGGCGCUGCUCUGCGUCCAGCGGCCCCACGCGGUCCGGGGCUGGGCGACGCACGAGACGCGCGCGAGCCUCCAGUCGUUCGUCAACUUCGCCGGGCCGGACCGGCCCCUCACGCUCGAGGCGUAA